CCAAUUGCAUCGAAGACGGGUGAUUUUAAGCUUGUUUUCAGCGUCGCAGAUCAUAAGUGGCAAUUCUUCUGCACUUUCAUCGCACGUAACAUCGGUCAAUUAAAACUCGCGAUGGGCAAGGAAAAGGCGUCGGCUGCUCUGUUCGAUCAGCUGCAGGCUGCCAUCGAGGGUGGAGAGGGAGAAGAAAUCGUGGGAAAGAUGAAGGGAAUUGUGGUGUUUGAUAUUGAUGGUGAGAAGUGGACGUUGGAUCUCACGCCCGGCUCACGCAGCGUGAAGAAGGGUGCACCAGAGGGCAAGCCAGACCUGACCCUCACCAUCUCUGACGAAAACUUCGUCAAGCUUGUCAUGGGCAAGAUGGGACCUCAGCAGGAUGCCUGGGUGAUCCAUGAGGGCCUGGGAGGUCAGAACAAUCUACUGCUGGCUGUCUUUGACGGCCAUGGGCAGGAGGGUGACAAAGUUUCCAGGCAUGUAGCAGCAACGCUGCCGGGAUUGAUGGCCAACUCGUCAGCCUUCAGGGCCAAGCGCUUCAAGCAGUGCUGUGAGGAGCAAUUCCCGGCCUGCAAUGCAAGUUUGCGCAAGCUGAAGACAGUCAACUCCAUGUUGUCUGGCAGCACCGGUGUCAUCGCUCUGCUGCAGGCAAGCUCCUCCCUCUUUGCAGGAAGCAGGCUCCUCGUGGCCAACAUUGGGGACUCGCGCUGCAUGCUAGGCCGCAUCUCCAGCACAGGAGUUGUCUCCUCGGUCUCCCUCUCUGUCGAUCACAUCCCGGAUGUCCCCAGCGAAGCUGCACGCAUCAGGGCACAAGGGGGUCGCCUGGAGCCCUACACAAUAGGAGGGGAGCAGAUGGGGCCAACGCGGGUGUGGCUGGCUGACAAAGACACGCCGGGGCUGUCAAUGACGAGGGCCUUUGGGGACACAAUUGCCUCCAGCGUGGGGGUCAUUGCGCAGCCGCAUGUGUUGGAGAUCACUCUGGAGCCAGAGCACCAGUACCUGGUGCUGUGCAGCGACGGCAUCUACGAAUUCAUGAGCAACGACGAGAUUGUCGGCAUCGUGCAUGCAGAGGCCGAGAAGGGCGCACUGCCCGCCCAGAUUGCCAAACUGCUGGUCCAAACGGCGCGGCACCAGUGGAUGGCAGAGGAGGAUGGCGGCGUGGACGACUGCACUGCCAUCGUCUGCUUCCUUACGCGCGGCAACCUCAAGCCAGGCGCCCUCACUCCGGCGCCACUGCCUCCCUCCCCUGCCGCUGCUGGCAUCAGCAGGCCAUCCAUCAGCAGGCAUGCUGCCCUGCGCAUGUCGGGGACUCCGCUGGUGGAUUUGCCUCAGCAGAUCGAUGUGGCAGCCAAUGCGACGCAGGCUGCCACAGCACCCCUGCCCAAGGCGCCCUCAGGAAGUGCCUCUGGCAGGAAACUGACAGCAGAGGGAGGGCAGUCGAUCCUGGCAGCUAUCACGCAGGGCAGGUAA